GGGCGGCGCGGCAGCUUCUUGCUUGAGCAAAGUUUACCGUUCAUUGGUCGCGGUCGGCUUUCGUAAAUCGUAGUGUUUUGCAUUGUUCCCUCACAAACUUCGUAUUUUUAAGUCAAACGGUAACGAUAGAGUUAUUGUGCUGUGAUUUUGUAUUCCUCUUUAUUUUUAUACGAACAUUAGAAAAGUGUUUUAAGUGAACAGUGUUACAGGACAAGAUUUGAUCAAAACAUUGCCGUUUUACCGUCGAUGUUGUGAUCUUUGUUUUUGUGAUUUUACCUGUGUGACGAUGGCAGACAAUUCAAAAUUGACUGACGAGGAAAGGGCCGAGAUCAGGGAGCAGUUUUCACAGAUCGACUCCAGCGGGAACGGAUUCAUCGACCUCAAAGAACUGAAAGAUGCCCUCGACAGCGUCGGAUACAAAAUUCCACAAUGGAAGGUCCGGUGCAUGAUCGAGGAGUACUACGACAACGGAUCGAAGCACGGGCGCGGCGUCAACGGCAACGUGAAUGGAGACGCCCGCAAGAAUGGCAUCUCGCUCAACGAGUUCGAGGAGCUGUGCGCCAACCUCAAGGCCCAACAGGUCGCCAGCACAUUCAAGCAGGCAGUCAGUAAAAAGGAAAAUCUGGAGCACUUAGGCGGAAUGAGCGAAGCUUCCAGUGAUGGCACAACCCACUCAGUUCGCCUGGAGGAACAGAUGGCUUUCUCCGGGUGGAUCAACAGCAACCUGGAGCACGACCCCGACCUCAAGCACCUCUUGCCCAUCGAUCCCGAGGGCAAGCAGCUGUACGAGAAGCUGAAGGAUGGUCUUAUACUGUGCAAAGUAAUCAACCACUCCUGCCCAGACACGAUAGACGAGCGCGCGAUCAACAAGAAGAACCUGACGCUAUACACCAAGCACGAGAACUUGACGCUUGCUCUGGUGUCCUCACAGGCCAUCGGGUGCAAUAUCGUCAAUAUAGACGCGCACGACCUCGCCAAAGGCAAACCCCACUUGGUGUUGGGUCUUCUUUGGCAGAUAAUCCGCAUCGGUCUCUUCAACCAGAUCACCCUGGAGCACUGUCCUGGUCUCACGGAACUCCUCAACGACCAGGAACGCAUCGAAGACCUGCUGGCCCUGUCUCCAGAAGCGAUCCUGCUCCGCUGGGUCAACCACCAGCUGCAGAGCGCGGGCGUCACGCGUCGCUGCACCAACUUCCAGCAGGACGUCGCCGACUCCGAGAUCUAUUCGUACCUGCUCAAGCAGAUCGCUCCUGAAGAUGCAGGCGUCACUCUGGACGCGCUCAGGGAGAGCGACCUCCUCCGCCGUGCCGAAGUCAUGCUCCAACAAGCUGCUAAACUCCGCUGCCGGGCCUUCGUGGCGCCGGCCGACGUGGUGGGCGGCGUGUACAAGCUCAACCUGGCCUUCGUGGCCAACCUGUUCAACCAGCACCCCGGCCUGCAGCGCCAGGCCGACACCGAGGAGUACCACCAGCUGGACGAGACCAGGGAGGAGAAGACGUACCGCAACUGGAUGAACUCGAUGGGCGUGGCGCCGCACGUCAACUGGCUCUACUCGGACCUGACGGACGGGCUCGUCAUCUUCCAGCUCUACGACAUCAUCAAGCCCGGCAUCGUCGACUGGAAGAAGGUGCACCGACAGUUCUCCAAGCUUCGCAAGUUCAUGGAGCGCCUUGAGAAUUGCAACUACGCGGUCGAGCUCGGCCGCCGCCUCGGCUUCUCGCUCGUCGGCAUCGCCGGCGCAGACAUCAACGAGGGCAACGCCACGCUCACGCUCGCGCUGAUCUGGCAGCUGAUGCGAGCCUACACACUAUCUGUGCUGACGCGGCUGGCCAAUACCGGCAGCCCUAUCAUCGAGCGCGAGAUCGUGGCCUGGGUCAACGCCAAGCUGCAGGCGGCUGGCAAGGCCUCCUCCAUCAGAAGCUUCCAGGACGAAGUGCUGGCUGACGGUAAAGUGGUGAUCGACCUGCUGGACGCCAUCAAGCCCGGCGCCAUCAACUACGACCUCGUGCUGCCCGGCGCCAACGAGGAGGAAAGGCACGCAAACGCGAAAUACGCAAUCAGCAUGGCGCGUCGGAUGGGAGCGCGUGUGUACGCCUUACCCGAGGACAUCACAGAACGCAAGCCCAAGAUGAUCAUGACGGUGUUCGCCUGCCUCAUGGCGCUCGACUACAUCCCAGCGCCUGGACACAUCGCGCCCACACAACCACCAGAGCUGUCGGACUACCUCGAUGAUUCUGCGGGGUCCAUAGAGAUCGUAGAUCAUGACGACGAUUCUGCAGGUGCCAUACAAAUCGUGGGUGACCUGGAUGACUCUGGAUAUGGCAUGGAGAAACCCCCCCUUCCUCCUAAACCAGAAUUGUCCCAAAUAGCUAGAUCCAUGUCACAUGUUGAAUAAUAUCGCGUAAGGUCAAUCCAGUCAGUUUUAAAAGUGUUUUUAUAGAAUGAUCCAUAUUUUAUUUUUGGAUAAUAUUAUGUAUUGCAUAGUUGUAUGUGAUUGUAUAGAUAGUGCAUAGAUUUCUCGCCAUUAUACAUGUGCAUUCAGUCGAUAUGAUGUGAUUAUAAUAUGUUUGGGAAUCGAUUUUUAAUUAGAUAAAUUAUUUUCAUACUACAGACCGAAUGAGGAUCAUUUCGAUUUUUAGCUGUGAAUGCA